GCCAAUCAGGAAACACGCCGCCUCAAAAGUACCUUUACCAGUAAAUGGGAAGAAGCUAGUUCGUAGCUCCCUCCACUUCUUGUUUUCCCAGUCUGUGUGAAGAUCGCUGGAAACCUAUAGACUUCCAAAAUGUUUUUGACACGGUGGCAAUGUACUUGCGCUUUAGCUGCUAUUCUGUGCUCGGCUGCGACCUUCGCCUCCCCAAACAUGUCUGCAGCCACUGUUUACUGGGACCCCACUCACAAACUUGUGGUGCUGAGGGAGGGGGUUCUGGAGACUGAGGGGGACGCGUAUGGCUACCUGAAUAAUACCUUGAACAGUACUGGGUGGAGUGUCCUGGAGAUCCGGGCGGGCUAUGGAAUGACCAAGCAAGAUGAACUCACCUUCUAUCUGGCUGGAUACUUGGAAGGCUUCCUAACAGCACAACAGAUCAUAGACCACUGCACCAAUAUGAUGCCACAGUUAAUCCGUGACAUUAAGACACUCGCCCUUGUUGAAAAUUUCAUGGAUAAACAGGAUUCAUGGGUCAGAUCCCAAGUGAAAGAGAAACAGAGCGGUGAUCCUCUGUGGGCGCAUGCAGGCUUCAUUAUGGCACAGAUGGACGGACUACAGGCUGGGGUCGCUGAUUGGGCCAAGAAAAAUGGAAAAAGGCCACUCACAAAGUUUGAAGUGCAGUUUCUGAACGGAGUUGGAGAUCUGCUGGAUCUGAUCCCAGCCCUGAACCCCUCCCACCCUCCACUCCGAGACUUAAAACUUCCUGGGAUGGGGCACUGCUCCGCCCUCAUCAAGAUGCUUCCUGGUUUUGAGAACCUGCUGUUUGCCCAUUCCAGUUGGUACACUUAUGCUGCCACAAUGAGGAUCUACAAGCACUGGGACUUCAAUAUUGCAGAAUCAAACACAGCUACUGGAAAACUCUCUUUCAGCAGCUACCCAGGAUUCUUGGUGUCCCUGGAUGACUUCUACCUCUUGGGCAGUGGCCUGAUGAUGACACAGACCACCAACAAUGUCUUCAACACCGAUCUCUUUAAGUUGAUCACCUCUGGGAGUCUAUUUGCUUGGCAGAGGGUUCGACUGGCCAACAGCCUAGCCUCUACAGGAAAGGAGUGGGCAGAGAUUUUCUCCCUCUAUAACUCUGGCACUUACAACAACCAGUACAUGGUGCUGGACAGAAAUAAGGUGAAGCUGGGGCACAGUGUGGAGGAUGGUGCUCUGACUGUGGUGGAGCAGAUCCCUGGAUUUGUGCAGUCAUCAGAUCAGACUCAAGCUUUACGACUAGGUUACUGGCCAUCCUACAAUAUUCCCUUUCAUGAGAACAUUUACAAUCUGAGCGGGUACGGGUUGAUGUGGCAGAAGUUUGGAGAGGACUUCUCUUAUGACCUUUGCCCCAGGGCCAAGAUCUUCAGACGAGACCAGGCUACGGUGACAGACCUGAAAUCACUCAAGCAUAUCAUGAGAUACAACAAUUACAAGAAGGAUCCAUAUUCCAAGAACGACCCCUGCAAAUCCAUCUGCUGCCGCAAUGACCUGAAGGCAGUGAACCCCUCUCCAGGAGGCUGCUAUGACACUAAGGUGACAGACUACAAAAUGGCUGCGGACUUCAGAGCUGAGGCAGUGAACGGGCCCACCUCACAGGGCGGGCUACCACUGUUCAGAUGGGACAAGUUCACAAACAUUAGCCAUGUGGGACUGCCGCGCUUUUACAAUUACACGUUUGUCCCAAUGGAGCCUCUUCUCUUCAGUCCUUGAUUUUUGAUAUACAGACUAUAGACAGGUAUCACUGAUAUCACUGGUAUCACAGGUAUCACAGGUAUCACUGGUAUCACUGGUAUCACAUGUAUCUGGUACUGGGAGCGAGUGCACAUGUACUGUAAAUACGCAUGUUCUGUAAAUGGGGGGAAGGGGGUAAGAUUUUGUAAACUGCCAAAUCCAAAGUAUUUUUAAAUAUCUGGUUUACAGAAGACAAGGAGUUAGAUGGUGUUGUAUCCAAUGUUAAUUUGUAUAUUAUGACAAUGUGCAAUGUUUCUAAAUUUAUUUGAUUACUCAGGGCUCUUCUACUGUGGUGGCUUGAACUAUUUGUAUUUGAUAUUUUACUGAUCCUAAGAAAAUUCAGGUUUUAGCCUUACAAAUUUACCCAGCAGUCAACACUGAAUAAUUGAAUAUGAAUCUCAUGGUAUGAAAAAUAACAACUGGCUUAUGUUGUGAUUGUUGUUUCUAGCAUUUUGAAAUAAAAAUGUAUGGAGUGUUUAA